CACAAUCCACAAACCAAUGGCUUCACCUUUGUUUUCUGCUAUCACUUCCCAUGCCUUAUUAAUCAUCUUAUUUGUAUACCUUUCUUCUAUAUCAAACAAUCUUGCAGCAAAGCACAGCUACUCUUCCACUCACCACCAUCACCGUUCCUCUCACAAGUCCUCCCCUUUUCGGAACGAGAAGCUUCACCAAGCUUAUAUUGCUCUCCAAGCAUGGAAAAGAGUCAUUUACUCUGAUCCUUCAAAUUUCACCUCCAACUGGGUUGGUCCUUCAGUAUGUAACUAUACUGGUAUAUAUUGUGCAGCUCCUCCUUAUAACCACAAAAUCCGAGUUGUUGCUGGCAUUGAUCUUAAUGGAGCUGAUAUUGCUGGGUUCCUUCCUGAUGAAUUAGGCCUCCUCUCUGACCUUGCACUCUUCCAUCUCAAUAGCAAUCGCUUCUGCGGCAUUAUCCCAGAAACUUUAUCAAAUCUUUCAUUCCUUUAUGAGCUUGACCUUAGUAAUAACAGAUUUGUUGGCCCUUUCCCUCGUGUUGUGCUCUCUCUUCCAGCUCUAAACUAUCUUGACAUCCGUUUCAAUGAGUUCGAAGGGCCAUUACCUCCAGAACUUUUUAAUAAGAAACUUGAUGCAAUAUUUGUUAAUAACAAUCGCCUUACCAGUAUGAUUCCACCAAAUUUUGGCGCAAAUAAUUCAGCAUCUGUUGUGGUAAUUGCCAACAACAAAUUUGGUGGGUGCUUGCCACCAAGUAUUGCCAAACUGGCUGAUACUUUAGAGGAGCUGCUAGUGACCAACACUAGUUUGUCAGGGUGUUUGCCACCAGAAGUUGGUUAUCUCUACAAAUUGAAAGUGCUGGAUGUGAGCUUCAACAAUUUAGUUGGUCCUAUACCUUAUAGCAUUGCGGGGUUAGCUCAAUUGGAGCAACUAAAUUUUGCACAUAACACGAUGACUGGUAUUGUGCCAGAGGGAGUUUGUGUUUUGCCAAACUUGGCAAAUUUUUCAUUCUCUUAUAAUUUCUUCUGUGAAGAGCAGGGGAUUUGCAGCAACUUGACGUCAAAACGUAUAGUGUUUGAUGAUCGCAGGAACUGUUUGCCGGAGAGACCGCUCCAGCGAAGUAAUAAAGUAUGUCAGCCUGUGCUUGAGCAUCCUGUUGAGUGCUUUGAGCAACACUGCAAUGGUGGUGGUGUUAGUAGUUCUGGACCCUUUGGUGGUUCAGUUGCUUUGGUUCCAACAGCAAUGCCAACAGCUGCACCCAUGUUUUCACCUUCAAUGGCUCCUACCCAUACGUAAAUAAGAAAAUGUAAGAUUGUUGAUAACUCUGUAAAACCAAAAAUAAGAUCCAAACUUUCUUGGCUUAGCCUAUUAUCAUGUAAAUAUAUAUCAUGUUCAUUUCUUUAAAGUUUGUACACGGGUGUUUCAUGUGUGUAAUGUAAUCUUACAGAAAUUCAUUAGUUUUCAUUUGCUUC